AAAAAAAGAAAAACAUAUAAUGGAAAAUGAUGAUGAAAAUAUAUAUAAAAUGGAAAAGGGGAAUAAUUUUAUAAAUAUGAAUGAACUGGAAUUACACAAAGAGUUUGACAAUAAUAAUAAAGUAAAAUUAAAAGAACUACAUACAGAAUUUCACAAGGAUGAACAAGAGAUAUUAUCAAGCCAAUAUGAAAAUAUAAAAAAUGCAAUGAUAAAUGAUAAUGAGAAUUAUGAUAAUAGUAAUUAUAUGAAGAAUAUAAUUGAACAAAAAAUGAUUAUUCUAAAAGAAUAUUAUAACAGGAAGAAAUAUACAUUGUAA